GCCGCCGCGGCGGGGCUGCUCCGCGCGCCGGGCCGAGCCGAGCCGAACCCAGCCGAGCGGUGCCGAGCAUGGCGCGGUUGCCCGGCUGGGCGUUGUCCUGGCUGCUUCUCUUCUGCUCCCUGCCCGCCGCAGAGCCCGUGGCGGUGAUGUCGGUGGACGUGGGCAGCGAGUCGAUGAAGAUCGCCAUCGUGAAGCCUGGGGUGCCCAUGGAGAUCGUCCUGAACAAGGAGUCACGAAGGAAAACACCUGUGGCUGUUUCCUUGAAGGAGAACGAGCGUCUCUUUGGUGAUGGUGCGCUGGGGAUGUCCAUAAGGACGCCCAAGGUGGCAUUCCGGUACUUCCAGGAUCUGCUGGGUAAGCGGAUCGAUAAUCCCCACGUGGCACUGUACCAGUCCCGAUUCCCGGAGCAUGAGCUGGUGAAGGAUGAGACAAGACAGACUGUUAUCUUCAAGCUGUCCCCAACGAUGUGGUAUUCUCCCGAGGAGAUUCUGGGGAUGGUCCUGAACUAUUCACGUGGUCUGGCUGAGGAAUUUGCAGAGCAGCCCAUCAAAGACGCAGUGAUCACAGUUCCUGCUUACUUCAACCAAGCGGAGAGGAGAGCAGUGCUGCACGCCGCCCGCAUGGCUGACCUCAAGGUGCUGCAGCUGAUCAAUGACAACACAGCUGUAGCAUUGAACUACGGGGUUUUUAGGAGGAAAGACAUCAAUGCCACGGCACAGAAUAUCAUGUUUUACGACAUGGGAGCAGGAAGCACUGUUUGUACCAUUGUUACAUAUCAGACAGUGAAAACUAAGGACUCGGGAACCCAACCUCAACUGCAGAUCCAAGGCAUUGGGUUUGACCGUACUCUUGGAGGUUUAGAGAUGGAGCUUCGUCUCCGGGACUACUUGGCAAAACUCUUUAAUGAGCAGCACCCUUCCAAAGAUGUCAGGAAGAAUCCUCGGGCCAUGGCCAAACUGCUGAAGGAGGCCAACCGCCUGAAAACUGUGCUGAGUGCAAACGCUGACCACAUGGCGCAGAUUGAGGGACUACUGGAUGACAUAGACUUCAAAGCCAAGGUCUCAAGACAAGAAUUUGAGGAUUUGUGCUAUGACUUGUUCAAGCGCGUCCCAGGACCCGUGCAGCAGGCUCUGAGUAGCGCAGAGAUGAACAUGGAUGGAAUUGACCAGGUGAUUCUAGUUGGCGGUGCCACACGGGUCCCCAAAGUGCAGGAGGUUUUGCUGAAAGCUGUGGGCAAAGAAGAGCUGGGCAAGAAUAUCAAUGCCGAUGAGGCUGCUGCUAUGGGUGCAGUCUACCAGGCAGCUGCUCUGAGCAAAGCCUUUAAGGUGAAGCCCUUCAUUGUUCGGGAUGCUGCCGUGUUUCCUAUCCAGGUGGAGUUUACUCGUGAAGUUGAGGAGGAUGAUAAAUCCAGGAGUUUAAAGCAUAACAAGAGGAUUUUGUUCCAGCGCAUGGCACCCUAUCCCCAGCGCAAAGUAAUCACUUUCAACCGCUACACAGAUGACUUUGAGUUCUAUGUCAACUAUGGAGAUCUGACAUUCCUCAAACAGGAUGACCUGCGAGUUUUUGGUUCUCUCAAUCUCACUACUGUGAGGCUAAAGGGAGUUGGAGACAGUUUCAAGAAGCACUCUGACUAUGAAUCCAAAGGCAUCAAAGCACACUUCAACAUGGAUGAGAGUGGUAUACUGAGUCUUGACCGGGUGGAAUCGGUGUUUGAGACCUUGGUGGAAGACAAGCUGGAGGAGGAGUCAACACUGACAAAACUUGGAAACACUAUCUCAAGCCUGUUUGGGGGUGGUGGCCCUACACCGGAGACCGGAGAGAACCUGACAGACUCAGUUCAGGAAGAGGAAGAGAGCCUAGCAGAAGCAGGUAAAGAAGAGCAGGGGGAGAAACAAGACCAGAAAAGCCAUACUGUAGAUGCUGCUGAAGAGCAGGGACAAGAGAAACAGCAGUCUUCAGGUCAAGCAGAAACUGCCUCUCCAAAAGUAGAGUCACAGAGAAAGGAAGAAGGCGAGAAAUUAGAGCCUCAGGGUCCCAAAGAAAACAGAGAAACUGCAAAAGAGGAAGAACUGUCCAAAAGUUCCAGUGACAGCACAGCUACCAAAACAGAGGAAGAGAAGAUCAAAGCACCCAAGAAGCAGAAGCUUGUCCAUGAGAUCACCAUGGAGCUGGAUGUAAAUGAUGUGCCCGACCUGGAAGAAGACGAACUGAAGAACUCAAUGAAAAAACUCCAAGACUUGACAAUCAGAGAUCUCGAGAAGCAAGAAAGAGAAAAAUCAGCCAACAGCUUGGAGUCAUUCAUCUUUGAGACCCAGGACAAGCUUUACCAAGAGGAGUAUCAGUUUGUCUCGACAGAGGAGCAGAGAGAAGAAAUUUCCAAAAAGCUUAGUGAGGCUUCCAGUUGGAUGGAGGAGGAGGGCUAUGCAGCUGCAACAAAGGAGCUGAAAGACAAGCUUUCAGAGCUGAAAAAGCUUUGUAGGAACCUUUUCUUCCGUGUUGAGGAAAGGAGAAAGUGGCCAGAACGCCUGGCUGCUCUGGAAAGUCUACUCAAUCACUCCACCAUCUUUCUCAGGGGAGCCCGAAUGAUUCCAGAGUCUGACCAGAUAUUCACAGAAGUGGAACUGAGUACACUGGAAAAAGCCAUCAACGAAACAACGAUUUGGAAAAAUGAGACGCUGGCUGAACAGAACAAGCUUACUCCUACUGAGAAACCUGUGCUGCUCUCUAAAGAUAUAGAGCUCAAGAUAGCAGCCCUGGACAGGGAAGUGCAGUAUCUCCUGAAUAAAGCCAAGUUUGCAAAACCCAAACCCAAAAGGGAGAAGAAUGCCACAAAAACUGAUUCAGGCAAGAAUACCACAGCAGCCCCUGAGACUGAGAAUACUAUCCCUCCCACGGAGGGGAAACAAGAAGACAAACUGGAGGAUAUUGAUCCAGCCAAGGAACCUCCUACAGCUGAGAAAGCAGCAAUAGAUGAUAAGCCUGGAUCAGACUCCGGGUCCAAAAAAGAGAAGGCAGAAGCUGGAGGAGAAAGCAGGAAGAAUGAUGAAUUGUAACACCCUGAAAUCCCACAAGUGUCAGCAUCUAUUUAUUUCAUACUUACUUUCUUGUUUUUCUUAUGGACCUGGUUAGUUAUGAUGUAAAUGGAACACAACAAGAGUCUAACAACACAA